GUGGCAGUUGACGAAUUUCCGUUCACCGGCAGUGCUCGAUCGUUGAGCCGGGCCAAUAGCGAUCGGCCAGCCCCUUCCAAGACCAACCCACAUUCCAGGAAGGUUCCAUUAACAUACACAUCGUUCAAACGAGGAUCAUACAACACACGCAUAAGAAAACAGUGCAUAUAAUUAGUGAACGUCACAUGGAGAACUUAUCUAGCUGAUGGUUGAUAGAACCCCUUUGGGGUCGAUUCCCAACGCAAUCAGGUCAUAAAAGUAGAAGCCGUAGUGCAACGCCGACCGCAAAGUGGACGUUUAUUGUGUCGAAAAAUUUACGAUUAGAGCUUAGUCGUUACAAUGGCCCAUCCGGAGUCGGUUCAAAAUGGCAUUAAUCACGCUGUAUUGGCUGACCAUUCGACGAAACCGGAAACAGGAAUCUCAUCGAAACCACGAAAAAGUCUGAUUAACCGGUUUGGUUAUGAUAAGCACAUCCACCACAUUCACUCACUGGAGGAUUCGUUCGUGGAUUUUUGCGGAUGUAGUUCGAUUCACGGUGUUCGGUACAUUGGUUGUCGUAGCAAUUCCUAUGCAGAGAAGCUCAUUUGGACGGUCAUCUUUAUAAUUACGUUGUAUUUUGCCGGAACAAACAUCAUCGAGGCGUAUAUAAAAUGGGAGAAGAAUCCCGCCAAAAUAGUGUCCUCGGAUGGAAUUACGUACAGUUGGGAGAUUCCAUUUCCCGCCGUCACGAUCUGUCCUCAAACAAAGUCAAAGCGAACGUUGUUCAAAAUCGGUGAAGCUUAUCGGGAGACCAAAGGACAGCUCGAUAAAUUUGACGACAAUCUGAAAGGAUUAUUACAGCUAUGUGACGCUCCUUGCUUGUAUAAUGUGAACUAUUCUAGCACAGCGAAUCCACGAAUUGUCCGCAUGAUGCACGAGGUCGCCCCAACGUUGACCGACAUAUGCGAAAGCAUUACCUGGGACUUGGAUAAGCUGAACUGCACAGAAAUGUUUCAGAAGGUUCUAACCGAAGAUGGCGUAUGCUAUAGUUUCAAUCCGAUUUCCGCGAAGGAAAUGUUCCGCGAUGAUCGACUUCAUCGGCGUUACAGCCACAGUGAAGCGACGGUUCCCAUUCAGAACUGGAUUCCGGAGGUAGGAUAUGGAUCGGUCGACGCCGAAAUGGAAUAUCCCAGACGGUCCUUCUUGGACGAUAAGAAAAUUGAUCUAGUGAUCAAUUUACGUCUAGAUCAAAACGAUUACGAUUACAGUUGCCGCACGGAGCAGGGCUUUAUGGUGUACGUACACUCGCCGGAGGAUUUUCCGCAGGCCAACUAUCGAGCGAUCUACGCUCCGAUGGGAAAAAGUACCUAUGUGACAGUGAAGGCGAAGAUAACUGAACUUUCUCCCAGACUGCAAGAGUUUCCACCGGAAGGGAGAAAAUGUUUCAUGGCUGGCGAGAAGCAAUUGGAAUUCUUCCGGGUAUACACACAGAAAAACUGCGAGCUAGAAUGCCGAGCACGGGAACAGCUAUUCACGGAAGGAUGCGUAAACUUUGCGCUGCCCCAUGACGAGGAGGACAAAAUCUGCAAUGUGCGCAAGGUUCACUGCACAGCAGAUGGUAGUAGAGGUCGCGAAAAAAAGAUUCGACCCCAGAGGAGCUCGAGCAAAAAAAGUUGCCACUGUUUACAAACCUGCACUUAUCUGAAGUAUGAGUCGGAAAUGCUACAAACCGAUCUGGACUACUGGAGCAUCCGAAACGAACAACGGAAUUCUUCGAACAUCUCAUACACUCAAAUUAGCGUUCACUACAACAAGGAAAAGUUUCCGACCUUCGAAAGGACAGACUCCUACACGCUGACCGAGCUGCUGGGAACCUUCGGUGGUUUGCUGGGACUUUUCAUGGGAGUGUCACUGCUUAGCUUCGUGGAAAUCGUGUACUUCUGCACUCUGCGGCCAUUCUGUGUUUGGAGACGAAAAAAUCGCAAGUUAAAAUUACAGCAAGCGAAACUUGCUUCGGAAGAGCCUGCUCCUCCUGAGGAGAAAUGAUUUUUUUCUCUACAUUUCUUCUCAAUUGUUCGUAACAAUAGUGUCCAUCAAUAAGGCAAAACAUUCUCUCUCACCGUGUGAAAAAUAUCAAAUAUUCAAAAGGCGGAGAUUUUCUCUGUCAGUAUGUAUACAUAACAGAGCUGCUUGUUGCAACUUGCGGGAACAUGCGCACAGCCGUCGGAAAAGC